AUGGACGCCGCCAAGAUCGCAAUGGCCGAGACCAUCCUCAACUACCAGUUCCAGCAGCAACUCCUGCUGUGGGAAGCCCUCCAAGCCGCCGGCAACGGCGUCCUUCGAGUGGGCAAUCGCGUCCUGGCUGAGGGCAACAAGCCCCUCGCGGGCAUUGGCGACAAGGUGCUGGGACUAUGUGCCGCGCAGGACAUUUACGCGCAGCAGGGUACCAUCGCCCAAACCAACCACCACGUCUCGACGCUGGCGAACAAUGAGACGCUGAGCCAGAUCUGCGACGGCAGCGGCCUCACCGCCUGCGUCAACGGCAACCCCGCGCAGCGCGGCGUCGUUCCCCCAAAGACCAAGGCCGCGGCCGUCGAGGCUGUCGUCGGUGCCGCGUACAUGGAUGGCGGGCUGCCGGCGGCUCGCAUCGUGAUGACAAGCUUGAACAUCCUUUAG